UGGGCCUUAAGAAACCCACGACAUUGAUGAUUUCACUGUCUCCGUCUUUGUUCUUGAACUGAAAUUCAGGUCGAUCCGAACUGGAACAACAUUAGGGUUUUAGCUUUGGAAGCUUCUUCUGUCUGGUCUCCCUUACCCUAUUAGUAAGCAAAAGCAUCAGCUUAGGAAGAAGCAAACGAUGGAAGCUGGAGAUGGAGGCGUUGACAGAGUCGUUGACUCUAAGGAUUUGCAGCAACAGAGCAAAGCCUUCGACAAACUCACCGACCGUGUCGAAGAUCGCCAGCUUGAUUCUUCUCGCGCCAAAUCGGCCAUGGCAUCAAUUGCAGCUUCAGCUGAAGCGGAAAAGAAUGCUAUGAGAUUGAGAGAGAAAGAAUUAGCUGCUGUAAAGAUCAAUGCGGCUGAUGUGGAUAUCAUCGCAAACGAACUAGAGUUGGACAAAAAGGUGGCUGAGAGAACUCUUCGUGAGCAUAAGGGUGAUGCUGUUGCUGCUAUUCGAUCCUUGCUUAACUAAACCGAGUUGGUGAGCCAAAUUGUUUUUUCUAAAGUUUUUGACAAAACCAUUUGUAAGAUGGAGGUCAUUUGAAAUGUCAACAUGAAUAGCUUCAGCACAGUCAUCAUCAGUGUAAACCAUUCCGUUUUAACAAUGCCGGCAGCUAUGAUUAUUGAUUUCCUAUCUGGAUGUUUUACUGUUAUAGUUUUACAUGUAUGUUCUAACUUCAUUUUCUUGCAUUCAAUAUGAACAACAUAAGUGACUUCAAAAUGUGGGAAAAGAAAUUUUCUCAUUUGAACCCAGCAUUAGAAAGGUCUCGAUCUUCUUGUAA